AUGCCUUCCCAGAAGUCUUUCAUCGUUAAGCAGAAGCUUGCCAAGAAGGCUCGCCAGAACCGCCCCAUCCCCCAGUGGUUCCGUCUUAAGACCGACAGACUGUACACGACACGAGGAAGGGUCGUCUGGCUGGCACCUGGAGAAAGUCUGAGUGCGGCGUUGGGUCGUCUGCGCGGCCGAUCUUUCGACACUCUGAUGCGUGUGAAGAUUUUGUCGCUGCACUCCAGUCCUCAAUACUCUCUCCAGCCGCUAGCCCGUGCGCUAUCGUUGAUCUCUUCGAUCCGCUUCUCGACAUCCAUUCAGCUGUACGACCAUCUGCAUUUGCACAAAUCUGCGCGACACGCUAUCUUUCUCUCAACUUUACCGACUGCUCGUGCGCUGCUCGUGCGAAUGAACGAACGAAACCAUGUCCGAAUGUUCAUCGCAGUCUCGUCCCGUGUCGCCGUUGCUGUCCCAGUAUCCCGUCCCCAAGCCAAACCCUCGUCUCCAAGCUAUCAAGUUCCGAGUACCGCCAGCUAA